AAAACAUGUACGCAUGUAUGUAUGUGAAGAAGCGUGGCCAGUUUUUAAACACAUACACAUGUCAUAUUGAGAGCUCUAUUUGGGCACCACCCCUCCCCCACAGAAGGACACAAAAUAAGUGCAGCUCUUCCGCCACCCCUCCAUUUUUAUAAACACCUCAAAAAGUGUUCCCUUCUUAUUUCACUCCCCCCAAUUCGGACUCUUCAUAUCGUAUAAAUACCGUUUGCUAUAAUGCCAAAGUUUAACUUCUUCCCAAAGGUCAAUUUUUUAGCCUACAUAAAAAAAAUUAAGAUAAAGUACAACCCCUGCGCCGCGUACAAUGACAACUGCCGUAGCUUAAUUUAUCAUAUUGAAACGCAGCAGAAAAAAGACAAGUUCCUCGAUCUGGAAUACAAGCUGGAGUUAAUUGAUUAUAAUGAAGAACCUCUGAUAGAAAUUGAGAUGCAAAAUAGCAAAGUUUUCAAGUUUAACCCGGAGAAUUACGACUUGCCAGAAAUUCAGCGAGUGAUUGACGAAGAUCAGCAGCAAAUGCACAAGAACUUUAUGAAGGUAAACUUGUUGGAGAAUAAUGAGAAUUCCUUUUAAAGUAAAAAGGGGUGCCCUCCUCACGAUUUAUAAGAAUUGUUCGCCCCCUUUCGUGUGGUCAAUUUGGUGUACAUAUGCAAAAAGACAAGUUUGACAAGCGGGUUACCAAGAAAAGAGCCACCAAUGUGUAGCAGCCAUCACGGACAAGUCGCAAAGUUGCAAAGUUCAAACACGGAGUAAUUAGCUUAACAAAAUUGCUCCUACAUGUUUGACAACCCUUUUUGCGAAGCUUUUUGAAGGUGGACGUGAGGCAAAUGGUCCACGCGCAUGUGCUGAUAUGCCCACAUGGUAAGUGCAAAAUUGGGGCAUUACACGCAGUU